UUUGGCUGCGAUGGUAGAACAGCUGCGGCAAGAGCACCACCAGAUCAAGUCCCCAACUACAUCUGAAGUCUAAAGCCGAGGACUUUGUGCUUUCGCUCCACCAACAUAUCAAAAAGAAAGUAAAAAUGCAUGCCGGCGAUUACUCUUCGCUUUCAAGUUACGAGUAUUAACUUUGUCGAGGACGACGACGCGUCGCAAAGGACAGGGACACAGAGGGAGGAGGACAAUGGGGACUGGUGAUGUCUCUUCCCAGGUGCUACUGUGGCUGUUCAGCCUCAUCUCUCUGGUGACGCCCCUCAACCCGGAUGAUCCCAACGUGUGCAGCCACUGGGAGAGUUACGCGGUGACUGUCCAGGAGUCUUAUGCUCAUCCGUUCGACCAGGUCUACUAUACCCGCUGCACCGACAUCCUCAACUGGUUCAAAUGCACCAGACACAGGAUCAGCUACAAGACAGCCUACAGAAGAGGUGUGAGGACCAUGUACAGGCGGCGCUCUCAGUGCUGUCCCGGUUUCUAUGAAAGUGCAGACCUAUGUGUUCCCUUGUGUACUGAGGAGUGUGCCCACGGUCGGUGUGUCUCUCCGGACACUUGCCAGUGUGAGCCGGGCUGGGGUGGACUGGACUGCUCCAGUGCCUGUGAAAGUGACUUCUGGGGUCCCCACUGCACCAAUCGCUGUCAGUGCCGGAAUGGGGCCAAGUGUAAUCCAAUCACCGGAGCCUGUGUCUGCACCGAUGGCUACCAGGGAUGGCGGUGCGAGGAGCCAUGCGAGCCCAACUUCUAUGGCAAGGACUGCCUGCUUGAGUGCCAGUGCCUCAAUGGUGCAACUUGCCACCAUGAAACUGGCAAGUGCCUCUGUGCACCUGGAUACACGGGGGCCUUCUGCGAGGAGCCGUGUCCACCAGGUAAACAUGGCUCCCUGUGUGAACAACGCUGUCCCUGUCAGAACGGAGGAUCAUGCCACCAUGUGACUGGGGAGUGUUCCUGCCUUGCUGGAUGGGUGGGUCCCGUGUGCGCACAGCCGUGUCACUUUGGCUCAUUCGGCAUCAAUUGCUCCCAGGAGUGCACGUGUCGGAAUGGAGGUCUGUGUGACCACAUCAGCGGUCAGUGCCAAUGCACUGCUGGCUACAUUGGAGAGAGGUGCCAGGAUGAAUGUCCAGUUGGUACGUAUGGACCACAGUGUGCUCAUAAGUGUGACUGCCAAAAUGGAGCCAAGUGCUAUCACAUCAACGGCGCCUGUCUUUGCAACGAGGGCUUCAAGGGUCCAAGCUGCCAAGACCGCUUCUGUCCAGCUGGCCUGUAUGGACUCUUUUGUGACAAAGACUGUCCCUGCAAAACUGCAAACACACUCAGCUGUCACCCUUUGUCAGGAGAAUGUACCUGUGCAGCGGGAUGGACGAGCUUAUAUUGCAACGAGACCUGUCCGUCAGGUUACUACGGUGAAGGCUGUAAAGAAGUUUGCGCCUGUGCCAAUGGAGCCGACUGUGACGGCAUCACUGGAGCGUGCAUGUGUGCCCCAGGAUAUAUAGGGGAUGACUGCUCCAUAAGCUGUCCCGCAGGCCUGUAUGGAAUCAACUGCACGUCGUCAUGUUCCUGUCACCACGAGAUAUCAUGCUCACAUGUCGAUGGAUCCUGCAUAUGCAGAGAAGGUUGGCAGGGGGUGGACUGCUCCAUUCCGUGCUCCAGUGGAAACUGGGGUCUCAACUGCAAUCAGACGUGUCAGUGUACUAAUGGAGCAGCCUGUGACCCGGUCAAUGGAACCUGUUCGUGCUCUCCUGGCUGGAGAGAUGAAUUCUGUGACAUACCGUGUCAUGAGGGAUCAUAUGGCUUGGACUGCAAUGAGAGAUGUGACUGUGCCAAUGCUGAUGGCUGUGAUCCAGUUACUGGUUUUUGUCGCUGUGUUGCAGGUUGGACAGGCGUACAUUGUGACAGUGUGUGUGACGACGGACAUUGGGGACCCAACUGUUCUUACAGCUGCACUUGCGUGAAUGGAGGCUCAUGCUCCCCAGAGGAUGGCACGUGUGUGUGCGCUCCUGGCUACCGUGGCACCAACUGCAAACGAACAUGUUCACCGGGUUUCUAUGGCCAUCGCUGCAGCCUGUCCUGUCCUCAGUGCAUCCACAGUGAUGGAGCAUGUCAUCAUGUCACCGGUCACUGCGAAUGUUUGUCUGGUUUCUUUGGUACCCUCUGCAACCAGGUGUGUCCAAGUGGAAAAUAUGGCAAAGAGUGCGCAGAGACGUGUUUGUGCACCAACAAUGGCACUUGUAAUCCCAUAGACGGAUCGUGUCAGUGCUACCCUGGAUGGAUUGGCGAGGACUGUUCCAAAUCAUGUUCUCAGGGCUCAUGGGGUCCUGAUUGCAUUCACACAUGCAACUGUCACAAUGGUGCCCAGUGUAGCCCCACGGAUGGAGAGUGUGAAUGCAGCCCUGGAUGGACAGGACUCUUCUGUACUCAGCGCUGCCCGACAGGUUUCUAUGGUGCUCAGUGUGCCGAAGUGUGUCGCUGUCAGAACGGGGCCGACUGUGACCACAUCAGUGGGCAGUGUUCGUGCAGGACGGGCUUCAUUGGAAAGAGCUGUGAACUCAAGUGUCCUGCAGGGACAUUUGGGUAUGGCUGCCAGCAGCUGUGCGAGUGUAUGAACAACGCCACCUGUGACUAUGUGACAGGAACCUGCUAUUGCAGCAUCGGAUUCAAAGGCAUCCGCUGUGACCAAGCGGCAAUGAUGAUGGAGGAACUGAACCCCUACACCAAAAUCAGCCCAGCUCUAGCAUCAGAGCGUCAGUCAGCGGGUGCCAUCCUGGGCAUCAUCUUUCUGCUUCUGCUCAUCAUGGCCAUGCUGAGCCUGGUGGUGUGGUUGCGCUACAGGCAGAGGGAGAAAGGCCACCAUGUUCCCAACGUCACCUACACACCCGCCCUGCACCUCAACUCCACUGACUACUCCCUCUCAGCAGGGCUGCAGUGCACCGGCCUGCUCUCCUCUGCUGAGUCAUCGCCUAAUAACAGCUCCAUAGGCCACUGCUUCUCGAACCCAAGCUACCACACGCUGGGCCCGUGCACCUACACCGCUCACUACGCCAAGCCUGGCAAGAGGCGAUCUGCCAAGUUGAAGACCAAACGACGACACAGGAACAGUGCUCCAGAAUGGGGAGCGUAUUGUAACCUGAGUGAGUUGGGUGUGUACUGCAUUGACCGGCGGUACAGUUACAAUGUGGAGCCGCACUACAGAGACUACAUGAAGGGCUCCUUGUCCAGCACCUGCUCCCUGAAUAGUGAAAACCCGUACGCCACCAUCAACGACCCGCCUGGUUUGGCAUGCAAACACUCUGAGAGCAGUUACGUGGAGAUGAAAUCACCCGCUCAUCACGAACACAUGGCGCACUGCUGCUCGGCUGCCAUCAUUGCCAGUACCACCAGUACCACUGUGCCUGCCAAGAAUGUCUACGACAUGGAGCCAUCCAUCAGUAUCAUCCCAGAAGCCGGAGAUGUGGCGGCGCCCGGUUACCCUCAGAACCCUUACGACCUCCCCAGGAACAGCCACAUCCCCAGCCAUUAUGACCUGCUGCCUGUGCGGCCCAGCCCCUCCCACAGCCACGCCCCCCCUCUUCCCGGCAGCCCCACUGGCUCCCUGCUGUAGAAAUACCUGCCCUCACUCACCUGGACGGAAUCCAGUGCAGAAUAUAAGGAAACUGUGAAAAAAGACAUUCAGUGUAUUUUUUCAGUGCAGGGGGGACACUGAAAGUUUUUUUUUCUUUCUCUGUGACUUUGGGAGGAAAACAAUGCAGUGCCCAAUGCGCUAUUUGAUAUUUCAUCACUGUAAUAUAUCUGGUUUUAGGUGUUUUGUGCCACGAAAAGAAAAAAAAAUCCACAAUGUCCUGUUUUAUCCUCAACUGUGAAACGGACAAUUGCACAAAAACAAGCAAGCCAGAAGAAGACGGCAUUGAUAAGUCCUAUAUUUUUACACCGUCUCUUUCUGACAGGAUCCAUAUUUUCUCUCCGAAAGUCUUUUUGUAUGUAGUGUAGAAAAAGUGCUGUGUUAGACGUACACUUGACUUGGAAUGGUUGUUUCUUUUUAGUCAUGUCAGGCUCAAUACACAUGCAUGCCAAAGAUCAAUUAUGGUAGUUAGCAAGCAAUAUUCUUACCACAUCACAAACUUUGCACAUUGAUGUAGCAGAGUGGAAUGAUUUUAUGUUUAAAAAAAAAAAAAAAAGGUUAUAGUUACAACAAAUGGUUGUGGGAAAUGAUCUCAAAAAUGUUUCUGCUCCAAAAUAAGAUGGUUUUCUUCAUUAUGUGUCAACUACUACUUGCUAGUGAGGUGAGGCUCGAUACUGAAAUAUCCAUACGUCCGAUACCAGGUCUUCAUGCUCUAAAAUUGAUUCACAAAUGGAAAUAUCGAUACUUUUGAUACUUCAGUCAUUUUGGGUAACAUUUGUCUGUUGAAAGGAUGACCCAUCGGAAAUGGAGCCAUGUGUGAAUUGUGAAUAAAGACUUCAUUCUUGUAGUAGUUCUUUAUAAUUAAUUGUUUAUUUUAGUGGCGUUUUUAUUUUGCUUGUUUUUUUUUUUUUUGAUUGUUUAAAAUACCAUUUUCACAUAUUUUGUCCUGUUGUUUUCUGUUGUAUAUUAGCUUAGCUGUAUUGUGAAUGGCACAGCUACCUCAGUAUACUCCAGGGUUUCAAAUAAAUGAAUUACAUCAAUAAA